AUGGCGAAUAAUUGCAGUUACAAUGAGCUUAUGGAAUUAUACAAAGAUUACUGCAAUACAAUUGAUGAGAUAUAUAAGUUAAGUACAUGCAAUGAAGAAGAAAUCAACAAGAUUUACAAUGAUAUCAAAAGCAAAUUAAUUCAAACAGGCUUGUUAUCACCUGAUGAAGUUUUACAAGCUGUUUUAUAUGCAUCCUACUAUAAUAAUCGUUAUAAUAAGUCAUAUUUAUCAAUCUGUAAAAAGAUAUAUGAUGAAAACACAGAAUAUAUCAAUAUAUACGAAAAUGUACUUGAAAAAAUUACUCUAAGAUGUUCUUUAAUGGAUGUUUAUGAAGAAAACACUAUUUAUAGGGCAAUAAUGUAUGAUGAUUUAAUAUCAUUAAUCAAAUUCACAGAAUUAGAAGGAUUUGACAAGGACCAAAAACUCAAAAGUAGAUUAUUUGAGCCUGAGCCUGUUUCAUUACUUGAGUUAUGUUGUUAUUAUGGUGCAGUUAAUUGUUUUAAAUUAUUAAGAACAAAAUUUAACUUGAAAAUCACUGAAGAAUGUCUUGAUUUUUCAUUUUUGAGCGGGAAACCAGAUAUCAUAAGUGAAUGCUUGAAAAAACGAAUGCCGGAUGCGAUAUCAAUGAAGCAUGCAAUUAUUUCACGGAAUCUUGACUUUAUUUGUUUUUUGAAUAAUGAAUAUAAUAUUGAAAUUAGUUAUGAAUUCUGCUCCCAAUUCCAUAAUCUCCAAGCAUUCUUUAUUUAUUUGGAUCAAACAAAAGAUAUAAAUAAAUGUUUUGUUUGCUCGCCUUGUUUUGGAAUUCCAUCUCUUUGCGAAUAUUUCCUAUCACAUGGUGCUGAUAUAAAUGCUAAUGCUUUUGGUUUUAAAACUAUACUUCAUAUGUCCACAAUUUGUUGCAAAACAAAAGUUGUUGAAGCUCUUCUUACACAUGGUGUUGAAAUUGAUGCUAAAGAUUGCUAUCAAAAAACUGCUGUUUUUUAUGCAAUCGAGAGAGAAUAUAAUGAUAUAGCAGAAUUAUUAAUAACCCAUGGUGCAGAUGUUAAUCUAUUUGAUAUUGAUAAUUAUGCUGCUCUACAUAUUGCAGCGUCCAAACAAAAUAAAUCGAUAGUGGAACUUUUAAUUUCUCAUGGAGCAUUAAUCAAUGCUCAAGAUGAAUCUGGAUUUACUCCUCUUCAUCAUGCAACAAUCUGUUUUAGAAUAGAAAUAGCCGAAUUUCUAAUUUUAAAUGGUGCGGAUGUUAAUAUAAAAGACAAACACGGUAGUACUCCUCUUAUUUACGCAUCAAAUAAUUCAAUAAAUGUAAUAGCUGAGUUACUAAUUUCGCAUGGCGCAGAUGUCAAUACAACAGAUCAAUAUGGAAGAACUCCUCUUCAUUAUUCCUCGAUAUAUCACAAUGAUUAUUUAAAAGAACUUCUCCUUCACAUGGAGCAAAUACUGAUAUAA